AUGCGUCUCGAAGGGGGUGCAGGGGCCAUCGUUGUUGGGGACCAGGAGUAUGCCUUCCAGGCCAACGAGGAGACCUGCUGCGACCUUCUAAGAGUCCCGGUGGACAGGGUUGACUGUCCAGCACAGGAGGUUGCUCAGAUCAGGCAAAAACUCCAAAUACAGCGGACACUGGAUGAUGAGGAGCGCAGGCGAGCUCGAGACAGGCGCGUCAUGGCUGAAGAGCAGCAGCAUGUCCGUACCCUGCAGCGCCUGGAGAAAAUCCCAGUGCCAGUGAAAGGUCCCCAGAAAGUCAAGAGGGCGUCCGUUCAGGCAAGGCCUGUCGGUGCUCAGCAGAAAUCUGCCGCAGCCCCCAAUCCUUCUGGUACAAUCUACAACCGCGCCUCCACACCACCUGUUUCCAGAGGUCCCACACCGCCACCUCCUGGCGCCUUGGGGCCUGGAAACAGGGGCCUCACACCGCCGCUGCCCAGCACUUCCGGCCAACCAACUGGCCACCCAGAUGUGGUGCGCAGUGGGACGCCUCCAGUGGGCGCGCUGGGGAGCAAGCCGCCCAAGAGCAAGAGCAAUGCGCUGCUCUCCAAGUUGGGCGGCAAGGGGAGCCCUGCGGCUGGCCGGUCGGCCGCGCCCAAAAACCAGCAAUCGCGGUUCAAGGAGCCGCCGCCGCCUGCCGCCAUCCUGGGGGCCAAGCACAGCGUCGCAGUCUGCCUUCUGGGCCUGCUCUCUGAACGAGACUUCAAGCGCCCGGCGCAAGUGGAGCAAGCGCUGGCAGAGGUGGCAGCGAGGGUGCCGGUCUUCAAGCCGCCCACAGGGCAGGCGCUGGCAGACCAGCUGAAGCGGGUGGCAAACUACAAGUCUCCGGGCAUCUACGUGGUGAAACCGGAGUAUGAGGCCCAGGCCAGGAAGCUCAAAGAGCGGGCCGCCGCUGAAGUUGGAGGGGUCAGCCCUGACCCGCGGACCCCCAGCCGCAGCACCUCCCCAGAGGAAGCGCCUGCCGCUCCUGCCAGCCAGCAGCAGAAGAAGGCGAAGCAGCAACCGCAGCAGCGGCAGCAGGGCAAUGGGAGGGGAGCUGGCGGAAGCCAGCAGCCCAUGCUGGAGCCCCAGCAGGGGAAGUUGCUGCAUGGAGGAGGGCUCCCCAGGCCUGCUGCAGACAGGGACACGCAGAUCACUCCAGAGCCCUUUCUGCAGCUGGUGGAAGAUGACCUGGGCCUCCCAUCCUCACAACCGUCGCCGCUGCAGCGCGCUGCGCCGCCCGCAAAGCAGAAGCCGCGGCCGCCUGUUGGUAAGGCCCAGCCCUCCGGCGCUGCGGCUGUGUCUGCGCUGCAGCAAGUUCAUCAGCGGCAAGGGCAGGGGGCAAGUCAGCAGCAGGGCAAGACCACUGCAGCAAAGAAAGCGGCCAAGGACAGGCAGCAGCCGCUGCCGGGUGCUCAGGCCGGCGCGCACCGGGCAGCAAAGCCACAGCAGCAAAGGGUCAAACCAGCAAGUGGCAUGCAUACAGAAGUGCUUAAGCAGCUGCCGGCGCCUGCACCUGCCAAGCCAGCCAAGCGGUCACGGACGGUGUUGGAAGAGAGUGACGAUGAGAGCGAUGACUGGACACCGGGAGCGACGGGGAGGCUGCGCGGAAGCAGCGAGGAAGCUGGCUCCGGCUCUGGCAGGGCUCUGGCUGGGGGCUCCAACACCACCUCCAGCAUGCCUCCCAGGAGCUCACCCUCAUCUGAAGAACUGCCCAACAUGCCGCCACAGCAGAAGAAGCAGCGGCUGGAAAUGACGCCACCAAUGGUCACUGAAUUGCCGAGGGCGCCGUCGGCUCUGGCCAGCUCAAACUGCGCGGAUGACUCCUGGUUUGCAGUGUACGAGUCACGGCAGCCCAUACAGCACCCUCCAGUGGCAGAUGCGCCCCAUUACAAGCAAUACUGCGAAGAGUACAGCGCAAAGUAUGACGUCUACCACAAGCUGCACCAGGAGAUGUCCACAGUGACCAGGUAUGUGAAGGCGCUGAAGGAGGGUGCCCAGUCGGCAGCGUCCGAGGCCAGCCGGCAGGAGUAUGGCGCGCAGGCACAGCGGCUGUACUCGCGCACUGAGACCCUCAUGCAGCGGUGGGCAUCAGCAUUCAAGGUGUUGCAUGCGGAGCUGGAGGAUCUGCUCAACAAGCUAAAUGAGUACCGGGGAGCAGCUCUAAGAGGCAGCUCUAGCCUGCAGGCCAAUCCGUCGGCAAUUGCAGUGUGA